UGCAUUAAAUAAAUACUUUCGAAUUGAAAUUUCCGUGUGUGUGUGUUUGUGUGUGUGUCUAAAUGUGUAACAUUUCACGUUCUUCGCAUGCAUCUUAAAAUUCCAAUCAGCAAGCAUAAAAUUACUCCAUUUGCAUACAUAAUCUUCGUCUAUUACCACUUUGGUAUGCCAAAAUUAAAGUGUACACCCGCCAAUGCUCAGGGCAGCGAUGAACCAGUCGUUAAGAUACCGCGUCGUCAACUGAGGUCUCGCCAUCGCGAGGAAAAUGCAAGUCCAACACUUAACCUGUGCGAUCUGCCUAUCGAGUUGCUGGAGAAGAUUAUCGGCUACAUAAAUAUUUGGCAUCAUAAUCGCAUACGGGGCACCUCCAAGCGCAUGCGUGACGUCAACGACGCUUUCGUUAUGCACGAGUUCAAAAAAGCUUUGCAUAAAUCCACACUUACGAAUCCGCAUAGUUACGAAUGUGCUGCGCUGCAAACCAUCGAACAGGCGACAGAGGUGUAUGUGAAGUCCGGUUAUGAGUCCACUUUCUGUGGUUGCAUACUGCCUAUGCUGCGCAGCUCUUACAAAGAUCCUUUCUGUCCGCAAGUUUUACAAAUCAAUACCUUCUUAUUGCACUUUUACGAUAUGGUCGAUGAACUGAUCGGUGAUCGACGGUCUCAACACGCAAGGCUGCUGUAUAAUUUGACGUUAAUGCGAUUUUUUAAGAAAUUCGGCAAAUCCUCAAUUAUCUCAUCCACCGCGAUGCCAUUACACUGCCGCAUAGUGGUUGAGCUUAAAGGACCCUGGCUGGGCAUGCUUUGGACCUCGAAAUCGGGUGCGCGUGAUCAACAAGAAAAGCGUUGCAACUUGCUAAUAAUACUGUCCGAAAUGCUAAUGGCCAAUAUUACAGGGAAGGGUUUCAAACGCGUUUGGGAGUGUCUCAAUGAGGUCUACGUUUUCGGCAACGAUACGAGCAACCGCAAACGUGUGCCAAAAACGCUCUUCACCUUCACCGUGCAUGGCUCAAAGAAGAUUUGUUCACUUUUUCGUUCCUGCUUCGAGGAGCCAAACGACUUUGUGUGGCCAACAAAGUGGCCACGCGAUCAGUUCACUGUCAAUUUGGACAUCACAUGCAAAGAAGCAAUGAAAUGGGGCUGCUCCAAGUCACAGCACAUGGAGUUUGGACCCUUCGCCGAGACGCUGUUCAGUGAAGAGGAAGAGUAUAUGGAUGAUUGCAGCUCGGGUAAAACGCUGUUGGAUGUGGAGUGAAGGUAGAGACAGACUUC